GUGACACUUAUAUGAUAUGAUAUGACUGAUGCUUGAAAAGGCAAGAAGUGAAUGUAGAUUUCACCAUUGUUGUCCGUUCUUGGACUAGAUUGUGUGUGUGUCCCUUUUCCAUUGGCGGACCUGCGCAGAUUGAUCCCCUUGAUCUUGUGCAUCUUCGUUGGCAGGGCCAUGGCAAGGAUGCGCGCUGUGAGAUGCAGGGAUUCUCUCCCCAAGACCCAUGACUCGGCUUCAGCCUCACUAGGGCCUCAGUGCGCCCGGUGGCUCGAUACUCUUGUAUUGACGAUUAACAUUAUAUACACACGCUCAAUCCCUGCUUCUAUCUCAGGCCACAUGCCUAACCGUCUAGUCCGCCAGAAGGUCAAGAAAUGCUCCGCCCCCACCUCACCGAUGAUCCUUUUUCUGUCUAUGCAAAAAGCAAUGAAUGCUCUUAUGGGAGCACAAAUGCAUGAAACGGGUAGCCCAGGAGGAGCCCCAUAGAACAACAAAAUGGAAAUGACAAUGCCCGACACCCAGAGCUCCAUGAGUGAAAAGGAGGCCAAAGUAAAUGCAAAGCUGACGCACAACACCUC